AUGCCCGGGGAGCCCUGGCGCACUGACCACUGCACUUCCCGUGGAGACAAGGCAAAGGUUGAGGCCUGGAGUUCCAAGGCUCAGCCUGGACACCAGUGGCGGCGCCGUGGAGGGCGGCCCGCGUGGGAGAAGCCUGGGGAGGGCGGAGAGAACCGCAGAGACCGAGAGGAGAGAGAGACCGGCGCCUGGAGGCCCUUCCCCACCCGGGCGCCCCGGGCCCUGGCGGACAGCGGCGGCACCGGCGGUGGGGGACCCUGGUGGAAAUCGCUAACCAACAGCAGGAAGAAAAGCAAGGAGGUCACUGCGGGGGCGCAGCUGCCAGGCCAGCCCGCCCCGGGAGAGCCUGUGGCGGCCUCAGCGCCCAGCCCCGACACGAGCAGCUCCCAAGAGAACCAGCACCCCAAUCCCCUGGGGGGCGCGGGCGAGCCGCACAAACCAGACAAGGCGUGCGCGGAGAAAUCCGCCAACAGCCGGCGCAAUUUGAAGAUCUCACGCUCAGGCCGCUUUAAAGAGAAGAGGAAAGCACGCGCCACGAUGCUCCCGGAGGGGGUCCAGGCCCCGGAGGAGGCGGGCUUCCCUGGUGACCCCCGCGAGGACAUGCAAUAGCUCGAAGGCUCCGGGACUGGCUCUCCCGCCCUGACUCCCAUCCUCCAGUCCUAAACCCGGGAACUCUAGUGCGCCCCCAUCCUUGGUGUCUUCCACCAAAUUCAGAGCACUCAAGGAGGCCACCACGAUGAUCUUUUUCUGGAAACUGAAGUGUCUUUGAGUUUCGAUAUUUCAUGACUCAAGGACGCAAAAACUAUUUAUUUGUGAUGCAGGAAGAUAUCUGUCACUGAAAAGUAUUCUUUUUUCAAAAGGCUAUGCUGGGGACUCGGCCCUGGUCCACAUCACUUGUGAACUCAGAAGCCCCUCCAGGGACAAGGGCUGCUCUCAUGGAGGACCCUGUGGAAAGCAAAUCGCAACGCUGUUUUAAACGCCUGGGAACUGCACCUUAGGGCCGCUUCUGUAGACGUAUACCUUUAGAGGUGGGGAGAGAAGAAGCAUUCUUGAAAUAGAAACAUUUUACAGCAGGGCAGGAUUUCCAGUAAGGUGGAAUUACAAAGCUGUACUGCCUAUGUUACUGAGGACUAUUAAAAAUCGUUGCACUGGAAGACUUAAGGUGACUUUGUGGUUUUUCCAUUCGAAGGGAUCAUACUUCACGGCAGGCAUGCAAAGCCCAGGGUGACAGUUAAUCAUUUGCCGCAGGGCAUAGCAGCUCCUAUGGA